UUCGUGCACAUAGUUUGUCAAAGUUUACAAACACUGCAGAUACUCCUGUAGAUUUAGAAUCCGAAGAUCAAGCAAACAUGAAUACCAACACCAUAGGAGACAAAAGACCACUUGCAAAAGUCUAUCGACGUCCAGAUAACAAAGUCAUAAAGGCUACUGCUGGAAGAAAUAUCAAAACUCUUGUUGGAAAUAAACUUGUUGAUGAAGUAGAAGGGGAUGAACAUAAUUGUAAUAAUCUGGUGGAUGAACAAGAUGGAGAUCAAGAUAAUGACAAACAAAGUGAUGAAGAUAUGCAAGAAGGUGAAGAAGACAGUGCACAAGAAGAUAGUGCAGAAGACAUGGAGCAAGACGAUAGUGCACAAGAAGGUGAAGAAGGUGAUGAAGAUAGUGCAGAAGAAGAAGAAGAUGAUGAACAAGACGAUGUACUAAACGAAAGUGAGGAAGAAAAUGAGGAUGAAGAAGAAGAGGAUGAACAAGAAGAGGAUGAAACAGAAAAUCAAGCUCAAGUCAACAAUGCACAACCAAAGACUAAAAUAACAAAAUACAAAAGGAAAAAGGAAGCUGCAUUUGAAACUCAGAUACCAAGAAAAAGGAUUGCUGGAACAUUAUAUCCACUAUUGAAGUUCAUGAACAAGGAUGUUAAGAAAACAGAAGGGGCUAAACAUAUAAAUAAGAAAAAAGACGAGGUCAAGAUAAGGAUAUCUCCAAGGCAUUUUAGUAAGAUGGUAGGUGAACUCACAAAAGAGCAGAGGGACCGGGUUACAAGAGCUGGUUUUGCACUCUUACUGGAUUUUGAGCUUGACAUUCUGCCAACCAAAAUCGCCUACAAUGUACUCCAAAUCUUUGAUCACCACUCAAUCUCACUGAAGCUGAAGGAUGGAGAUAUUAAUAUUACAAGUGAAGAUGUUUAUGAUGUGUUAGGCCUGCCAAAUGGAGGACAUCCUAUUAUUCUGGCAUCACCUGGAAAGUACAGUCAAAGAAUCAAAGAUUGGCAUGCACAAUUCACUUUAUCUGAUCAAAUAACAACACAGAUGAUUGUUCAAGUGAUGAAAAACCAAGAAGUUAAUGAUAACUUCAAAUUAAACUUCCUUCUUGUUAUGUCAAAUGUGCUUAUUGGUACAAAAGGAGCUUCUUAUGUGGACAAACAACUGCUGCAACUUGAUGAUAACCUUGACAAUCUCAAGAAGUAUAACUGGGCAGAUUUCCUCCUAGGCUACCUUGUAAUUGGAAUGGAGAGUUGGAACAGAACAACAACAACAUUUUUCCGAGGAUCACUAAUCUUUCUCACUUUGUUAUAUGUCGACCGUGUGAGGUACAAAGGAAUGAACCUGGUUGAUAGACAAUUUCCUUCCUACAAUGGUUGGACUCUAGAAAUGUUGAGACAAAGACAAGAAAUUGAGGUGAUUGACGGAGCUUUUGGAGUUGGAUCAAUCCAACCAAGUUUAAAAGAAUAUCUACAAAAAAUUGAUCCUUCUGAACCUCCAAAGACAAAGGUAAAUGAUAAUGAAAAUGGAGCCUGGGAUACAUGGCAGUAUUGGUCAGAGGUGGAUAGAAUUGAAAAAGAUUACCUGAAGAGAAAGGAGUCAACAUCACAACAACCUCAUGAAUCAACUCAGUGCCAAAGUCCACAAAAUACACAGUAUUACACUCCUCCAACAGAGGCAGCUGAUGGAAAUGUUGAACAAACUGAAGAGGAUGUACUUCAUGAUUUACGUAAAAGGGCAGAGGAACUUGUGGACAUAAAGUCCAAAUUUGAUGAAGAUUUAGUGAAAGCAAGGGAAAAGUUUCCCGAUAAUAAAAACUUUGCUAUUAUCGGUGAAAUGCUGAAAGAAUAUCUCAUUCCUAACCAGGAAACUGGUGAUGAUUUGGGUGAUGAAUUAUCACCUGAAAUUGUCGCCAGCCUAGAAGUUGUUGAAGAAAUGGACAGAACCGACAUUGAGAUCCUUGCUGAGCAACAGAAAGAUGAUGAGAGAUAUGUCCCUCCUUUUUCCCUUGGCCUGGAUGACAUAGAAAAAGAAAGGAAUCAAAAUUUGGUCACGCCAGAGCCAGAACCACAAGAGAGAGAAAAAAGCAAGCGGACAAAGAAAGUUGGUCCAUAUCAAAAAUCACCCUAUGUCAACAGGGUGAUUGAUAUCAAAGAAAGAAUGAAUAAUGAAGACUUUGGAUAUUGGGUCUUCUUGCUAAAGAAAAAGGGCGAGCUAUUGGAUGAUUUGUUUAGAUGGGAGGAAGUCAGAUGUAUCAAGGAACACUUGUUGACGCUGAAACCAAAAACAAGUGUAUACUACUCUGUGAUUGAUACAUGGGCAACAGUCCUAAAUGACAGUGAAAAGUACAAGGCAGAUGGGUCACCACUAAGACUUUUCUGCACAAUAGGAGAUUUGAUAAUAUAUACUGCCUUCGUAUAUAUAUUCUAAUUAAUUUCUUUCAGUUAUUUCAUAACUACAUACACCAGAAUCUAAUAUAUUUAUAUCAACCAGAUUUUCAGCAUUGAUGCAGAAAAGAAAGUCACCGAAACUUAUGAUUCGUUUGCCAGUGGGAUGGACAAGAUUCUUCAAACUUUUUCCAUCAAAAAAGUGGAAGACGUGGAAAUGGUGUGCUUUCCUAUUAAUAAAUAUGAGCAUUAUUAUUUGGUAUGCUAUUGUAUCAAAACCAUGGGAUACUUUAUAAUUGACAAUAUUAAACGUGAAGCACAGCCUAAGAUGUACUAUAGCAGAGUUUUGGAGGUUUUGCAUUCUCACUUUUGCAAUUAUAUAAGUAGGAAUGAAAAUCCAAAUUUGGGAUCAAGAGUGCGGAAAAUGAAGCCUCGUUUUGUGAAAAUGCCAUGGCAGACUACUGACAAUUCCACAGAUUGUGGUAUCUUCCUCAUGCGCCAUAUGGAAACCUUCAAAGGAGAUGUCAAAAACUGGAACACUGACUUAACAGAAGAAGGGCCAACACAGGAUAAACAAAUAACUAGGCUGAGGUUCAAGUACAACACAGCAAUCCUAUCUUCACACCUGAAUGAACUCAAAGGGCCUAUCACCACAGAAGCUAUAGGCUUGUACAACACAGCAGAGAAGCAUAAUAUCAUCAACGUCGUCCUAGCUGGAAAAGCUGCAGAAAAGUUUCCAACUAAAAAAUCCGGCAAGAGAGUGAAAUUCGCGGUGAACUUAAUAAGUUCUUUCCACGAAGCAGAAAGGUCGUCUCAAGAAGGACCAACUCCUUCUUAGAUUUAGUGCAUUGUUUUACUGCACUUUUAUAGAAUAUUAGAAACUGAUUGAACAGAAUUAUUAGAUGGCUGAAAAUUAUCAGUCCUGUUGAGACUGAAAAUGAUUUAGUGGUUUGUUUUUGUAAAGAUAUGGUUAUUUUGUUUUUA